UGACUCCAAGGUUUUUUUUAGAAAGAAAAAAACUGCAUAUCCUCCAGAAAGUUCCACCUCAUUUCCAUCUCCUCAUCCACCGUUCUCACACGAAUCCUCCCGAAAAAGGAACCCAAAAACAAACAAGAAUUCUCAAGAACAUUCGUUACUCCCUUUCCUCUCUCCUUAAAAUCCCACCAAACACCAUUUUUCUCUCUGAAAAACACACAAAAUCCUUCACUUCUAAAACAUCAAACAACAAAAGAAGAAGAAGAUCAUAAUUCAUAAUCAUGUGGCAACAACAAGGAGAACACGCAUACACAAAACAUGAUGUAGAAAGUGGGUCUCAUUCUCAACAACUUUAUCCUGUGAUGUUAGAAAGCCCAGAACUUCGAUGGAGUUUCAUAAGAAAAGUUUACUCAAUCAUCGCUAUUCAAUUAAUUGCUACCAUUAUAGUUGGUGCCAUUGUUGUUUCUUAUCAUCCUAUUGCUCAUUUCUUCACUUCUAGUUCUGGGGGUUUUGCUUGCUACAUCAUCCUUAUUAUUACUCCUUUGAUUGUGCUAUGCCCUUUGUACUACUAUCAUCAAAGUCAUCCGGUGAACUAUGUGUUGCUUGGGAUUUUCACUAUCUCGCUCGCGUUUUCGGUUGGCUUGACAUGUGCAUUUACUAGUGGGAAAGUCAUUUUGGAGUCUGUGAUAUUGACGGCUGCAGUGGUUGUAAGUCUCACUCUCUACACAUUCUGGGCAGCAAAGAGAGGUCAUGACUUCAAUUUCCUUGGUCCUUUCUUGUUUGGGGCUUUGUUUGUGCUGAUCAUCUUCUCUAUAAUUCAGAUAUUCUUCCCAUUGGGGAAAAUUGGUGUAAUGAUCUAUGGUUGCGUGGCGUCCAUCAUCUUCUGUGGCUAUAUCGUUUAUGAUACCGACAACCUCAUCAAGAGAUACACUUAUGACCAGUACAUCUGGGCUGCUGUUGCAUUGUAUCUUGACAUUAUUAACCUCUUCCUAUCUCUGAUGACAGUUUUCAGAGCUGUUGACAAUUAGGCGCUUCACGUUAAGACUUUUACGAUUGUAUCUUGAUCAAAUCUCUUUUACGUACAUGUAACGUAUCUUACGUACAUAGUUCGUUUUGUUACUGCCCUUGAA